AUGUGGGGGAAACGGAAACGCCUAGGAAACGGUCGAGAAACGUUUCCGGGACGUAUCGGAAAAUCCAGAAAUGUUUCUGUGAAGUUUCCAUUUUUUUUUGUUUUGCAUGGGCUUUUUAAGUCCAAAAAGGCAAAUAGAGUUAUGGGUUAUACUAAUCGAUAUUACCCUACAACUACAAGCCUAAACCGAUCGUUGCCUCGUACUGGGAUUUCUAUUUGCAAGAAAGCAACAACGACUAAUAAACUUAAUGUGAAACAAUUAGAAGAUGCAUAUGAAGAGAAGAAAGCCAAGUCACACGCGAAAGAAGUCCAGUUGCCAUAUGAAGCUGGUGUUGGAUUUAAGAAAAGAAAAGGUAUUUCAGCACCUAUUAAAAGAGCUUUUGGUGUUGAAAUUAGGGACCAAAUGGAUCAAGAAAUAGAAAGGAUGUUUUAUACCAGAGGUUUACCUUUUAAUCUUGCAAGAAAUCCACACUAUCUCAGGGUUUUUCAGUUUGCUGCUAACAACAAAAUUGAUGGUUAUGUACCUCCUGGUUAUAAUAAGCUAAGAACAACAUUACUACAAAAAGAAAAAGAUAAUGUUCACAAGAUAUUGGAGCCACUUAGGUCUACACGGAAAGAAAAAGGCGUGACUACUGUGAAUGAUGGUUGGAAUGAUCCUACAAGAAAACCUUUAAUCAAUUUCAUGGCCACCUCAGAUAAUGGUCCUUUGUUUCUAAAGGCGGUGAAUUGUUUUGGGGAAAUAAAAGAUAAAUUUUAUAUUGUUGAAUUGAUGAAAGAAGUCAUCAAUGAAAUUGGUCAUCAAAAUGUUGUGCAAAUCAUUACCAACAAUGCAACAAAUUGUAAGGCGGUUGGAGAGAUUAUAGAGAGUCAGUUUCCUCACAUCUAUUGGACACCAUGUGUUGUUCAUACGCUUAAUCUUGCUUUGAAGAACAUAUGUUCCCCAAGGAAUGUGAAAACAAAUGAACUAACAUAUGAACAGUGCAGUUAG